GUGUCUCCUGGUUGUAGACGCGGCUGCUUGGCCCGGCGGGUAAAUAACAGAUGCGGGUAAAGGAGCCAACCAAAGCUUUAGCUGAAAAAGCCAAAAGAAGUAAAAGGCCUACUAUACCUCAUGAUGAAGACUCUUCAGAUGACAUUGCUGUAGGUUUCACUUGCCAACAUGUAAGUCAUGCUGUUAGUUUGAAUCAUGUGAAGAGAGCAACAACUGAGAACCUGUGGUCAGUUUGCUCAGAAUGUUUAAAAGAAAGACGACUCUGUGAUGGGCAGCCUGUGCUAUCUUCUGAUAUUUGGUUGUGCCUCAAGUGUGGUUUUCAGGGAUGUGGUAAAAACUCAGAGAGCCAGCAUUCAUUGAAACACUUCAAGAGCUGGAAAACAGAGCCUCAUUGUAUUGUAAUUAGUCUGAGCACAUGGAUUAUAUGGUGUUAUGAGUGUGAUGAAAAAUUAUCAACACAUUGUAAUAAGAAGGUUUUGGUUCAGAUAGUUGACUUUCUCCAGAAGCAUAUUUCUAAAACACAAACAAAUGCAGUUUCUCGAAUCAUAAAACUUUGUGAAGAAAAAUGUGAACUAGGUGAAAAAAAGAAGGGAAAAAAAGGCAGCAGUGUAACAACUGUGAAAGGAAUUACAAAUUUGGGAAAUACUUGCUUUUUUAAUGCGGUCUUACAGAACUUGGCACAGUCUUACAUUCUUACUGAACUGAUUAAUGAGAUCAAAGAAAAUGGGACAAAAUUCAAGAUCUUUCCUUCUUCAGAUUGUCAGUUGGACCCUCUAGUGGUGGAACUUGCAAGCCCCGGACCUUUGACUUCAGCCUUGUUUCUGUUUCUUCAAAGCAUGAAGGAGACUGAAAAGGGGCCACUUUCUCCUAAAGUCCUUUUUAACCAGCUUUGUCAGAAGGCCCCUGGAUUUAAAAGUUUACAACAACAGGAUAGUCAGGAACUUCUUCAUUAUCUGCUCGAUGCAGUGAGGACUGAAGAAACAAAGAGAAUACAAGCCAGCAUUCUAAAAGCAUUUAACAACCCAACUACUAAAACUGCUGAUGAUGAAACUAGAAAAAAAGUCAAAGCAUAUGGACGAGAAGGUGUGAAGAUGAACUUCAUUGAUCGGAUCUUUAUUGGUGAAUUAACUAGUACUGUCAUGUGUGAAGAAUGUUCAAAUAUCUCUAUGGUGAAAGAUCCUUUCAUUGAUAUUUCACUUCCUAUAAUAGAAGAAAGGGUCUCAAAACCUGUGCUUCUGGGAAAGAUGAGUAAAUAUAGAAAUUCACAGGAGACAGACAAUGGUCAGUACAAUGGCACUGUUGCUAUAGAAAAUACUCAUCAACAAAGAGCCACCCAGAAGAAUUUCUCAUCUAAAAAUAAGAAUCAACUAAUUCAUGGCAGAAAAAGUAUAAAAAAAUUCUCAUCUGGAGAAGAUAAAACUGUUGUCAUAUACCGGAAAAGUGAAAACCCUGAAAUGAACGGGGAUUCUUCAGUGAUUGUGAGCAUCAGGGGUGCUGAAAUGACUCUGACGGAAAGCCCUACGGAUGGCAGCGACAAAGAAGCCAGCCACUCUGAAAGCAGUGCAGAUGCCGACAGUGAGGCUUCAGAAUCUGAAAGUGCUCCUAAUAACUCUGUGUUACUGCGCUGCAGUAAUGGAUGCUGUGUGCACACCAACGGACACCUCUCCCGUCCACCAGCAAGCCAGCUGCACAUCAAGAAGACUGACAGUGGUGAUGAGGGAGUGGCUGAAGCCAUUUCUGAACUUCAUUUGAGCAAUGCUGAAAUGGGAGAUAGAAAUUUCGACAGAGAAAACCAGCCAUUAAGUGAUCCAAAUAAUUUCUGUUUUUCAGAGGAGAAGCAUAUGGUGUGUCACAGCCCCCAAAAUGCUUUUCAGACCCUUUCUCAGAGCUAUGUAACUGCAUCUAAAGAAUGUUCAAUUCAGUCCUGUCUCUACCAGUUUACAUCUAUGGAAUUACUAAUGGGGAAUAACAAGCUUCUCUGUGAGAACUGUACUGAAAAGAAACACAAGUACCAAAAGGAAAACAGUUCUGCAGAAAGAAAAGCAGAAGGGGUUUAUACUAAUGCGAGGAAGCAGUUACUCAUUUCUGCUGUUCCAGCUGUCCUAAUUCUCCAUCUAAAAAGAUUCCAUCAGGCUGGUUUGAGUCUUCGCAAGGUUAACAGACAUGUAGAUUUUCCACUUUUGCUUGAUUUAGCACCCUUCUGUUCUGCUACUUGUAAGAAUGUGACUGUGGGAGAUAAAGUUCUCUAUGGUCUCUAUGGCAUAGUGGAACAUAGUGGCUCCAUGAGAGGAGGUCACUACACCGCUUAUGUGAAAGUGAGAACACCCUCAAGGAAAUUACUGGAACAUAUCACUGGAAAGAAAAAUGUACCUGGUUUGAAGGAACCUGAUGGUGAUUCAGCUGACCAGUGGGUCCAUGUUAGUGACACUUACGUGCAGGUGGUUCCAGAAUCAAGAGCACUUAGUGCACAAGCAUACCUGCUUUUUUAUGAAAGAAUAUUAUAACUGUUAUUUAUGACUGAUAAUGAUUACUUAGGUCACUUUUAUUUAAAUGCUGCAGUGAUAACAAUAAUAUACAAUGUGCCUUUGUAGUCUUUUCGGUAGGAAUAGCAUGUCUCUUAAAUGCUCCUUAACAUUUUUACCAUUUUGGUGAAUCCUUUUAAUGUAAAUUUAAUUUACUUAAUGCUUUCAAAUUUAUAUUCUUAAAAUAAAAUGUAAAAACACAUUAAAAAUAAUUGUCAUGGGAGAAAAAACAAAUUUACAAAUUUACAGUAAUAGAAGAAAACUCCUCUAGGAUGUGGCUUACUGUUACAGGCAUUUAGAAAUGUAAAUUUAUCCAUUCCUUAAAACAGCAUUUCCCAAAUGUGAGUGACAUGUUACCUUCAUGCGCUCACAUAUAUGUAUCUUUGUGCCAAUGGUAGCUUAUGUUUUAACCCUAUCUUAAAAAAAAUUUUCCUUUUUUGAUCUUAAAUUUGUUUUGAGCAACCAUAUUUGAUAUUUUAUG